UCCGGCCAUGUGGGUCCGCUUCGCCCCCUUGCGCCUGCCCUUCCGGCGGCGCCUGCAAACGGCCGCGGUGCUGCAGUGGGUCUUCUCCUUCUUGGCGCUGGCCCAGUGCUGCCUGGCCCUCUUCGUGGUGCUGCUGCUGGGCGAGGGCUGGGCGCUGGCCGCCCUCUACGCCGCCUGGCUCUACCUCGACUGGGAUACGCCGGCCCGCGGGGGGCGCCGCUCCGCCUGGGUGCGCGGCUGGGCCGUCUGGCGCCACUUCCGCGACUACUUCCCCAUCACGCUGGUGAAGGUGGCGGACUUGGACCCCCGGCGCAACUACCUCUUUGGCUUCCACCCUCACGGCGUGCUGGUGGCCGGCGCCUUCGGGAACUUCUGCACCGAGGCCACUGGCUUCCGCCAGCUCUUCCCGGGCCUCACCCCCCAUCUGCUGAUGCUCCCCUUCUGGUUCAAGGUGCCCUUCUUCCGGGACUACAUCAUGAGCGGCGGGCUCGUGUCUUCGGAGAAGACCAGCGUCUCCUACCUGCUCGGCCAAGAAGAGGGCGGCCAGGUGGCCGUGGUGGCGGUGGGGGGGCCUCCAGAGGCCCUGGAUGCCCGCCCUGGGGCUUUCUCCCUCCAGAUCCUCAGCCGCAAGGGCUUCAUCAAGAUGGCGCUGCAGCACGGAGCGGACCUGGUCCCCGUCUUCUCCUUCGGGGAGAAUGAGCUCUUCAACCAGAUUUCCAACCCAGAGGGCUCCUUCAUCCGCUCGGUGCAGGAGCGACUCCAGAAGGUCAUGGGGCUGGCGCUGCCCCUCUUCCACGCCCGGGGGGUCUUCCAGUACAGCUUUGGGCUCCUGCCUUUCCGGAGACCCAUCCACACUGUGGUGGGGGCCCCAAUCCUCGUGCCCAAGACCCCCAAUCCCUCCCCAGAAGCCAUUGACCAGUUGCACAAGACCUACCUGGAGAAGCUUGUCCAGCUCUUUGAGGACCACAAAGUCCAGUUUGGUGUGCCUGAAAACAAGCAUCUCAACCUGAUCUAGAAGAGAAGAGGAGGAGCUAGGAGGAGCCACACCCUCAGCAGCUGCCCAGACUGAACCUGGAACUGUCAGGCUAAUAGGCCGGGUGGGAGGCGGCCGGGGAAGAAUCCCUGUCACUGGGUGAAUAAGGAGGCCUUCCCGGCAGCAGCAUCUGUUCUGCAGUGGGGGGGGGGGGCGGUGUAGGGCACAGUUCAUCCCCCCACCCUCCCUUCCAGAACUGGGAUCCCGGCAUCUGGGGUACAUUUGGGGAGGGGGGAGUUUGGGCUGUGGGGUUGGGAUUGCAGCACCUCUUUGGGGCAGGUUGGCAGGUCCAGUUGCUGCUGCCUCAGUGGAGGACUUUCAGAUGGGGAGGGCCUCCCGCCUCUCGCUAGAGCCAACCUUUUCAGUGCAAUAAAGUGGGAAACCUUC